UUUCCCUUUGCCUUCACGUGAUUCUGAUUUUUGCAGAGUCCGACAGCGGCUACUCAGCUAUUACAUGCUUUUGUCACCUUCUGCUUAAACCCUCUCCUUGUCUAUUAGGCAAAUGAAAAAUAUGGCCAAAUCACACUCUUCUUGUGCUGCCCUUUAGCUUUUCAACUGAGAAAAAUAGCAAAGAGAAAAAACACCCAACCUUCUUCAUUCCCAUUUUCACAUUCUUGCUAACUGUUUCUCCAAUAAUGCUGGCAAUGCUUCCUUUUCAACCCUUUAAACUUUUCUUCAUCUCCUUCUCACUCAUCUUCACCUUAGUAAUUUCUUCUUCUUAUUCACAACCAAACGAUGUGCAAGCACUUUUAUCUUUCAAAUCCAAAGCUGAUUCGAAAAACAAACUUUACUCCUUCUCUCCAAACACGACCUUCCGUUUCUGUCAAUGGCAAGGAGUGAAAUGCGUGCAACAGAGAGUGAUUCGUCUCGUCCUUGAGGACUUAGAUCUAGUUGGUACUUUAGCUCCAGACACGUUGACUCGGCUUGACCAGCUCCGAAUCCUGAGUUUGCAAAACAACUCGCUCACCGGUCCGAUUCCUGACCUCGCCGGACUCGUCAACCUCAAAACCCUCUUUCUCGACCACAACUCUUUCUCAGGCACUUUUCCACCGUCGAUCCUGAAGCUCCAUCGAAUCAGAACCGUAGAUUUAUCAUACAACAACCUCACCGGAGCAUUACCGUCUUGGUUAGCCACACUAGACCGGCUCUACUACCUCCGGCUCGAGUGGAACCGGUUCAACGGUUCCGUUCCUCCACUUAACCAAACCACUCUCCAAACCUUCAACGUCUCCGGUAACAACCUAACCGGACCGAUUCCGGUUACAGUCACUCUCGUCCGGUUCGGCUCCUCCUCGUUCUCACAAAACCCUACUCUCUGCGGUGAGAUUAUAAACAAGGAAUGCCAGCCUGGCACUCCCUUUUUCACACCACAACCGUCUCCGUCGAAUGCGGCGCCUCCGCCGCAUAUUUCGUUAGGCGAGAGCGCGGAAGUACACGGCGUCGAGCUGAGUCACGAACCGUUACAAAAAAAGCACGAGAGAACCAAAGUGAUCAUCGGCUUCUCGGCUGGCGUGGCGGUUCUGAUCGUCUCGGUUGUUUGCUUCGUUAUAGCCGUUAAGAAACAGAGGAGCCAGAAAAAGGGCGAGUACUCGGCAUCGGCUUUGACGGCGGCUCCGGCGAUGGCUUCGGAGGAAGCGGAUGCUGCGGCGGCGCAAGCUGCGAUGGAGCAAGAGAAAGAGUUGGAGGCGAAGGUGAAGAGAGCGCAAGGGAUGCAGGUGGCGAAGAGUGGGAGCUUAGUAUUCUGUGCGGGUGAGGCGCAGCUGUACUCGCUGGACCAGCUUAUGAGAGGCUCGGCUGAGUUGCUUGGGCGUGGGACCAUUGGGACCACUUACAAGGCAGUGCUUGAUAACCGUCUGAUUGUCAGUGUUAAAAGAUUGGACGCUGGGAAAUUAGCGGGUACAAGUAAGGAAAUAUUUGAGCGUCACAUGGAAUCAGUGGGUGGGCUUAGACAUCCAAAUUUGGUUCCACUUAGGGCCUUUUUCCACGCCAAGGAAGAAAGGCUUUUGGUUUAUGAUUACCAGCCCAAUGGCAGUCUCUCCUCUCUCAUUCACGGUUCAAAAUCAACUAGGGCAAAGCCACUCCAUUGGACAUCAUGCUUAAAAAUAGCAGAGGAUGUAGCACAAGGCCUCUCCUACAUCCACCAAGCAUGGAGGCUUGUCCAUGGCAAUCUCAAGUCCUCCAAUGUCCUCCUUGGCCCCGACUUCGAGGCAUGUGUCACGGACUACUGCCUCUCCAUCCUUGCCAACCCAGCCUGCGAUGAUGACCAAGAAAACACUGCAUAUAAAGCCCCCGAAACUCGCAAUUCCAAUCACCAAUCAACCUCAAAAUCCGAUGUCUACUCGUUUGGAAUUUUGUUGCUAGAGCUUCUCACAGGCAAACCUCCAUCGCAGCAUCCAUUUUUGGUGCCCAAUGAUAUGGUAAAUUGGGUUAGGUCCACAAGGGAUGAAGAUGGAGGGGAAGACAAUAGUAUGGAAAUGCUUCUUGAGGUGGCUAUAGCUUGUAGCCUAACCUCACCUGAGCAGAGGCCCACUAUGUGGCAGGUAUUGAAGAUGUUACAGGAGAUUAAAGAGACUGUAUUAAUGGAGGAUGGUGAAUUAUUGGACCCGCCUACUGCCAUGUCCUAGUUUUAUCGUUUCUACGUACAAUAGAUGAGUCAUGAAUAGAGAUAAAAGAUAUAGAUAACAACUAAUGCAAUGCUGCUUUUCCUUACAUUUUUCCACCUCAUAUACUUAUUUAUUUUCUGCGUUCUUUCCCUA